GCAUAACGGCUUCAAAUUCACAUCAAACCACCAAAAGCGCUCGAGUUCGACCUCCGGAACCAUUUUCACAGAAACCUUUUCCACGACGCUAAGAAUGAUCGCAAACCGCUUUGCAAGAUGGAGAACUCAGAAGCCGAUGAUUUUGAGGGCCUGAUUGACUUCCUGGUCCAGGAGCUUGCCAUCAAUGAUUGGAAUAAAGGCCUCUCUGUCUCUGAGUUGCUCGGUCGCAUUGAGACCUUCUAUGAUAACCUGGAGAAGACCAAACUCGACGCCAAGCAUGAAGAUGUCGGUGAUGAAAAUGGAGAGCAAUUCCUGACUCCCGUACCGGAACCUGAAGUAUCACAAAGGCCCAUCAUUGACCGCAGCUUCCAGGCCAGAGUCUGGGAUACUUUGGUUGCACGUGAUGAUAUCAUUGUCGGCGAAGGAAGAGAGCUGUCUUUGGACGAAGCAGAGGCCCUGCCUAUAAAAGAGGAAGCCCAAGAUGAACUCAACAAUGCAAUCGACCCUGCUCUUCUUCUCGAGCCUCCACCGGAAGCAGAAACAGGGGUCCCAACUAUCGAGUAUCAGCCUCGAGUCCAUGUCAAUCAAAGACGCUUAUGGCUUGUUCUCACCGGCCAUGAUGUGGAUAAGACGAAGCUCCCCUUUUCCGAGUGGCAGCUACUGCUCGCCAUUGCAGCCGCAGGAAAUAAGGGGAUACUCCAAGCAGAGGCUCGCAAUACCACCGGGCAAGAUAAAAGAUCUGUUCCACGGCGCACAGAUUUCCUUGCGCAAAAGGGGUAUAUCGAGAAAAAGCAGGUACUAGCUUUCAACCAAAAGACUAGCCUUCUCACGCAUAAGAUUUUCUUGGAGGCAAAUGCUGCGCAACGAGAUAUUAUCAACCCAUCUGAGCUGCCGGCAAGCACGCUGACCCAGGAUCUCAAGCCCGUCCCUGGUCAUGAGCACUGGUCCGGCCUAUUCGUUGACAUUGAGAUGGUCGCCCGCACUGCAGUGGCCAUUAUGCGUGCAUGGGGAGUGAUCCGACGUACUCACAUAUUAGCAAAGAUGAAUAUCAAUGAUCUUCGACUAAGGAAGACUCUGGAACGGAUUAUGCGUAAGCUUUUCGAGCUUAAAGUCUGUAAACGAGUCAGCGCUCUCCUGCCAAACAAUCCAAAGAUUUUCAAAGAUUGCAUAAAAUUUCUCCGGGAUCCUACGGAAGAUGAGUGGUCUCAUUUCAAAAAGAGACUCACGAGCCAAGGUUUCAAGAAUAGGCCAUCGAGAGCGAAGCCAAAGAGCGAGCAUAAGCCAAGAGCAAGGAAACGCACAAAGGGUAAGCCUAGCAAAUAUGCUGUGGAAGACUUGAGUGAAGAUGCAUUCGAUGAUGUCGAAGCCGAGGAAAGCGAAGUGUCUGAUGGAUACUUCUUUGAUGGAGAAGACGAGGAAGCGUAUGACGCUUCUGAAAAGCCAGCACCCAUGACCACUACCAAAGAAUCGGUGGAGGACAUCAUUGAGCAAGUUAUUGAAACCAACCCUGGAGAUGAGGGAAUUUCGGAAGAGGAUUUACUUGCAGAGGCCGAGACUGUAUCAAAUGAGGAUCUUGUUGCGCUGUUUUCACCGUUUGACAUUAGCUCGGCGUCGAAUUCGGAUAAACAGACGAUACGCAUUGUGCGGGAGCCUAUUACAAAGUCCGGCAGGGAAAUUUACCAGUACUAUAUGAUGUCAAGCUUUGAGAGACGUGUUAGUAACGGAGAAUCAUCCUGGGAUGGCGCGACUGUUUUGCACCGACCUACACAAACGAGUGGACGAAUAUCCGAUGUUUCCAAUUAUCCAACUGUUGCGCCUCAACCUUUGGCGUCGUCGCUUGGUAUUGCAAGUACAGAUACGCCACAAACAAAACAACGCACAGCAACCACAGAUAUUGUUCCUCGAAAGGGAGAAGGAAGUUCAAAGCAAACUAAGGCAGCACGACCCAGCACUCUUAUCAAGGGGCCUUCUACAAUGGCGCCGUCUAGAACUACUAUGCCAUCACAGCCCGAAACUCCAAAGAGGCCCCGAGGCAGACCUAGGAAAACGGAAGCCAAGACAGUCACGUACACGUCCAAUGACCAGCUUGAACGAGAGGCUGGUAUUCCUGGUGCUUAUUUUGACCUUCCCGAUUUUCCAGUUCCGGAACAGAUUCGAGGGCCGUCAGGAUUGCUCCAAAGGGGGCGAAAACCAAAGCGGAUGAUGAUGAUGAUUAAGUCUAAGAGAUUAAAGGAGUUGGAUUUAGCUCCAAGGCCUCCGAAGGCACAAGAUAAAGCCUCCGUCGAGGCCGAGGAAGUCAUAUCCCAAAUCCCAGAGGCCGCAGGCGAUGACAACCUUGAAGAUCAAGUUGCUUCAGCCGUAGCAACACCAGUUGCCAAUGCCCAAUACAGUGAAGAGAUUACAAAGAAAGACUUGAUCGACAGUUCUAGAAAAGAAACUAUCUCAACGUCUACGUAUACAUCGCCGUAUCCAAACGUUCCCAUAACACCGUCCGUCCCAAGGCUUGCAUCUCUUAGCAGCCAGACCAAGGCGGCGGUAGCCAAUGGCCCCCAAGUACCAGACUCCUCGCAACCAUCCGCCUACGUAUCACCAUAUGCUAGAGGAUACAACUCGCCAUAUGCAAAGUCACCAGAAAUUUCCAAAACGCCAGCGCCCCAGCCGCAAAGUAUGGGGACGCCGGCACCCAAAACUUUGCAGAUUGGCCUCGACCCAAGCGCUACGCCCCAGUACAAAUCGCCAUACACCACUACUGACGGCCCAGCUGGACCUUCUAAAGCAGUUUCGCCUGAAGCACAGGUGUCUCCAGUGUUGCAGGCUUCGUCCAUUUCUCAACCAGCUCAAUCGAAGCUAUACAAGUCGCCAUACACUGCUGCGAUUCGUUCCCCUAGCUCACCUCCACGUGAAGUUUCCCCAGCUGCCUCUGAUCACCAAGAUCUGGUGACCAGCCAACUUGUGGCUGAAAUCGAAUCUACAGCUCCUGAGUCUUCAGCUAAUGCUCAGGGGGAUAUUUUGUUACCCGAGGGGGAAAUAAUUAGCCAGCCUGUAGCUGAGGUCGAAGCCGCUGCCCCCGAAGCUGUUGCGAAUGGUAAUGAGACUGCAUUACCUGAUGAAGGAGAGGCAAUGGAUGUGGACACGGCCGGUAUUCCAACCGGCAGAGAUGAUGCAGAGGAACUGAUUCAUAUUUCUGCUUCCAAGGAUGGUAUUGCUGGAAAUCUGUGUCUGAAUGACAUCGAGACACAACUUGAAUUCCUUCCACUCGAUACAGAAGACUUGACAUCUAAAUGGAUGAUCGAAAUAUCCAAAAUCUCGGUGUUUCCUGCCGUAGACACAGAAACUUCCGAGAUAGUUGUUGUGGUUAAAGAAACUCAAGAGGAAUCUGACGAGACCGCGGAAAAAGAAGUUAAGUUCCUCGUCGAUCCUACGUCGAUUGAGGCUGCCACAACUUUCGUAGCCAAAAUUGGCACAGCGAUGCGAAGGAAAAAACCAAAGAACAAGAGAAUACCAUUACCACCCUGGGCAUUCCCAGUGCCGGAUGGCGGCCCGAAACCAUUCAAGUGCGACCAAUGUGAAGGCGCCUGGAAGAAUUACGAAGGCGUCAAGUACCACAAGACCAAGGCCAAGGUGACUUGCAAUCCAAAUUGGACUCGGCCUCCGACACCUCCUCCACCCGAAGAGAGAAGAAAGAGAAGCAGGGAAUCGUUUGCCCUUGGUGAUCUUACACCAGAAGAAGCUGCUCUUGUCAGUGCUCAAAGGGAUCAAGAUGGUGGUUGGUCACUUCAUGACGAUGGUGGUCGCCCAAAGCGCCGACAAUAUCGUCGUAAACAGACCGUCGAAUCCGAAGAGCUCAGAGAAACCACUAACCUCGAAGAACCUGGGGCUCAGAGCUUGCCUUCGCAUCGAAUUGGAACUCCAAUCCCAGCCGAUACGGCGGCCGUGACAGCUAUUGAUGAAAGCCCUUCAAAAUUUGCUACUCCUGAGAAACGCGCCAUGCUCGCCGCCAGGAUGAAACUGAAAUACCCAACGGCAAAUGACAGGGACAACAUCGAGAGGAGAACAGGCCCGGUAAUCACUCAGAAGCGUAAAGAAGUUAUACUAGAUCUGUUAGAAGCGAACGGCGGUGCGUUCCCAGGCGACCAAGGGCUGUGGUUUGCAAUGCAUGCAGCGUGGAUGCAGAAGUACCCAGACUCUCUGAUCCAAGAUUACAAGUACUGCAAUCAGGCUGUCGGGCUUCUCGAAGACGGUGGCUUUGUAACAAAGGUCAAGUUCUCGUUCAGAGAUCGAACCGGCCGUAUGCGUACGCGCACUGUUGUCACAAAAAAGGGGGUCAAUCCACUGAGCCCUUUGGUAAAUGAUAUCAAAGCAAAUAUUAAAGAGGUGUUUCCGAGGUAUUACUGUCCGCCUGACUUUGAGCCACCUGAGGCGGUGCUAUCAAUGCUCGAGGCCAGAGAGUCGAGACCUUCCGAAGAAGAACGACAGAGGCGCAUGCUUGCGAAAGAAAGGGAAGAGGAUCCAAGGAUUCGCGCUGCAAAGGAAGCCGAGGCCUUGAAAGAAGCCCGUAUUAUAUCAAGUAUUGUGGAAGCACAAAAGCAAACGACAAACAACGGAGAACAAGAUUCGGAUGACGAGAAUGAGAUUGUUCUUCUCAAUGCGCCAUUCUACAUCCCUGACCCAGAUGCUGAGGGCGAGACUGACGUGGAGUAUUAUAUGGGACGACGACGAAGGAGACGGAAGAAUGGCUUGUAUCACAGACGUAGUGAUAGCUUCAGAGAAGGACAGUCAUCACGAAUGAAAGCGCUAUGGGCGUCGCUGAAGGCUCAGGGCGUCACAUUAAAAGACCGACGUUUAAAUGGCGAUGUGGUAGGCGAGUCUUUAGAUGAGUCGGGUUCUGACUUCAUAUCUUCAGAUGUUGAACCUGAAAAGCAACCUCUCACUGCUGAAGAGCAAAAGCAGGCAGACUAUGUUCAGCUCCAUGGUUGGCAAACAGCACCAUCGUUCCUCCAAAACACAGAUGGGUCAUGGGGCAAAGGACCAUCAAAGCAGAUGCAGGCAAAGAUCCAUAUUCGCAAAUCCGACUUACCAGAGCCAGUGACUUAUAUGCAAACCGCCGACAACCCAGCUUGGACUUUCCGGCCAUUUGGUCACGGCGUCAACGCCAUUCAUGUCAUGUCAGCAAAGCGUGGAGCAGUCCAGCAACAGCUGAAGUCACCUGGUAACAUAUUCCGCCCAGUUAUCGUUCACAAAUCAAAGCGCAAGACGAGAAUUGGAGCCAGAGACCAGCUUGCAGGACAAAACUUCGGCCAGGACACCGUAGGUUCUUGGAAUCAUGGGCGAGGGUCAAAUUUUUCAGGGGGGCUUACUCCAAAGAAACCAAAAUCUGUUAGAUGGGACGAUGAGUCGGACGACCUGCGUCCGUAUGGCCUUACGGUCACAGGCGAAGAGAUGCCCUGGCCCGACUUCAAGCCACUACCACUCCCUGACAGCAGAUUGAGGACAAAGUCUGUCAUGCCAGAGUGGACUAACAACCCUGGGCUCGAUUCUCUUAUACAACAAGCACCGGGCUUUAGUCUUCCCAGUAAAUCACCAGUUGAAAGGAUCGGUACCCCUGACAGUUCUAUCGCAGCAGCAGAUGUGGGCUCCUGGGCAGCAUCCAAAGGUCUGUUCUCAAGAUCUGCUGCCUCGUUCAAAGAUAUGCUGCCCAAGGACCUUGAAAGCAUCAUGUCUCAGAUGAAAGCUAAAGGGUUUGAGCUCGACACGAGGGAAGGAUCCUCAUACACAGAUUUCAUGGCCAAAAUCAUUACAACAGAAGAAUGGGAACAAACCAUCGGAGGCAGAACUUUAUUGGGGAUGGGAAAUAUUGCGCCAGACCAUAUUUAUAUCAACCACACUACUGAAGAGCUAAGGGGACCUCAAACCACCGAACCAGCUACCCUAUCCUGGCUGGCUGAUAACUCCUUUACUUUGGAAACUCUGCCUUACGAACUUCUUGUUGUCGAUCCCGUACAACAACUCCUUUCGACGACUGUAAAGAGCAAACCUAGACGGGGCUAUCAAAAACGCCAGAGAACAGAACAAGCCUCAUCAUUCUUUGGAAUGGUGGAGGCCACGAAAUCUGACUUUGAUUAUCUCUCACGCAAGCGAAAGUUGCCUGGCAGCCAGUUGAUCGGCCAGCCCCGCCUCAAACGGCCUUAUCGCCGUGCAGCUCAGUCGAAAGACUUCCGCGUGCGUCGCCACACGUCUUUGCCUGUUGAUAUCCAAGGCCUCGAUAUACCUCUCAACGAUCCCGAUUUCGAGGUAUCUAUUUCCUAUCACGGAAUAUCCGGUCACCGUAAACGUACAAAUGAACGGACCGUUAUCUCUGAGGCUCUUGAUGACCGCCUCAUCGUCGCCGUUGUCGUUAUACGGACCCUGACUGGCGGCCUUGACCAGAGUGUAGACUGGGUCCUCGUAUCAAGACUCUUUCCACAGUGUACCAUGAACUGGGUUCGUCGGCACUUCAAUGUUCUCGCGGAUAAACAUGCAAAGCGAUUAAUCAAAAUGACGGAAGAUUUCCAGACGGCGUAUUUAGCUGCUUAUGAGUCUGGGGAACUUCCUAGAAUGGACUACGACCAUCUCCUUGAUUACGAUUGGGAUGCACUUAUCGACUGGGCUAUGAAACGCACACAGCUCGUCAGGACGGCUACCGUGGACUUGCCAAGUACUCGAGAGAAAUUCGAUGAGAUGUAUGAGUUGCAGGACGUCGAAGAGAAAAACUGGAGGGAUUCUUAUUUCUCUAGUACACUGCCAGUGCAUAAGCGUAUUGCUCACGCAUCCGCUAGCAACUUAACAUUGCCAGCCUCACAACCUCCUGAGGCGCCCCAAGGUCCUCAAGACGACAUGCUCCGCAUCGCUCGAUCAUGGGCAAGAGCAAGCACGCUUACACCAGUCGAUAGCUUUAAUGCCACCACUGCAUCCGCUAAAUUACGGGGUCUUGGCCCAGAAAUCAUGCGCGACGCGAUUUCGCAACUGGUCGAAGCAAAGGUCAUCAUGCCAGUAAACAAAGGCCGUCCGGCGCCAGGCCGCGGCUUUGAAGCCACCGAUGUCCUUACGGCGGCUCUAUCGCGUAUUCUGACACAAGCUCAUUAUAAUGAGGCGGUAGCUUACAAGGCGUGCCUCGAUGAGGCUUUCAGGAAGGACGAGAUAGUUAUGCUGGAAUAUACGGCGAGCGAGGGAGAAAUUCUUGCUACGACAAAUUUACAGAGUGCGCAACGGAUCGUUCAGACUGGACACAGGAUUCCAAUGAAUAAGUUUGGGUUGACGGAGGGGAAUUACCAGACCAAAAAGAUGGAUAAGACCAAGUUACUGUUUGAUAUCCAAAUUUCGCCUUCGGAUACCUACGUCUAUGAUGACACACACCCUCUGAUCCGCUCAAAUAUGUUGUCCGUCCAGCACAACCCACCGCCGAAACCGCACGACGGGGCGCUGCCUCUGUGGUAUGAUAUCAACGAUCAGCUUAUCCCGGGUUUGUGGCGCAAGGUCAUGGGAGCAGUGCUGGCGACGAUUAUGCAGAGGCCGGGUAUUGAGGCUAAGGAAGUUACACGGCUGCUCAGUCCGGCGCUGGAAGAAUGGGAGGCAAGAUUGGCGCUGGAGUGGGCAUUUGGGGUGGAUGCGUUGAAAGAGGUUGCACCUGGGACGGGGAUCGAAGGGUGGACCGUUGGGGAGUGGUGGUGGUGGGUUGCAGGGAAGAUCUGAUGGCGCUUGGGAAUGGGAUGUACUAUCUGGAGUUUGGAGGAUAAUUGCGCGUUGGUUGAUGAUGUUGGCUUUCUUUAGGAGUUAACGGGACUGGCGCAUGGUUAUGAUUUUAUGUAGGGUGGGAAGAUACCAGGCGUUUGUACUCGGGAGUCCAUAUCACGCUCAACGGUGUAUCAAAUCAAU